AUGGCUAAAGCCAGAUUAAUAUUAAAAAUCAGUGAUAAAUUGGGCUUUAUAUUUUCUGCAACAUGGUUGUAUAAUACGCAAAAAAUAAAAGUCGAAAAAAAUAAUAGUGGUGACUGCAAUUACAUUUUAGGUUUUGUCUGGCUCUAA